AUGGUUAAAGCAUAUUUAAAAUUUGAUCAAGAUAGAGUAUUCGGUUUAAUUUCAACAAGUAACUCUGUAUUGGAUCGUAGUGGUAAAUUAGCAAUUACAGGUUGUGGUGAAAGAAUUAGUGUAUGGGACUUACGUAAACAAACAUUGGUUAAAUCAAUUUUUGAAGAAGAUGUUAAAUCAGAGAUAUCCAUUGUUUCAUUGAGUAAAGAUGGAACUUUAUUAGCAACAGGUUAUAGUGAUGGUUCUAUUAGAAUUUUCUCAAUGAAUGACUAUUCAUUACAAUCAGUUUUUAAUGGACACAGAGGUUCAAUCUCUUGUUUAACAUUCAACACAUUGGGUAAUAUUUUAGUUUCAGGUAGCAAAGAUACAGAAAUUAUUGUAUGGGACGUCAUUACAGAGAGUGGUUUAUUCCGUUUACGUGGUCAUCGUGAUAUGAUUACAGCAGUACGUAUUUUAGAGCGUUCAAAUCAUUUAAUAACAAGUUCAAAAGAUGGUUUUAUAAAAAUUUGGGAUACUGAAACUCAACAUUGUAUUCAAACUAUUGUUGGUCAUCGUAAUCCAAUUUGGAACAUUGACGUUAACCCAGAUGAAACUCGUUUAGUAUCAUGUACCUCCGAUAAUCAAAUUCGUAUAUGGCGUAUAGCAUCAAAUGAAAAAGCAAGAGCAGAUGGUGAAAAGCAACCAAAAUUCAAUGUAAAUAUUCCAAUCAAUUCAGCAGUUUCAAUCCCAGAUGAGUUUAAUGAAGAUGGUACAAAGAAAGUUAAUCCAGCAGAUUUAGACCUUGAAAUUGUUAGCGAAGAAGAGUUUGCUAAAUAUUAUGGCUCAAUUACAGUUAAAGCAGAGUCAGUAUCUGGUGUUCGUUUCGAUCCAACCAAUAAAAUUCUUGCAGUCCAAUCAACUGGAAAGUUUGUCGAUUUAUUUAAAAUUACACACUACGAUAUUAUAAAAAUGGACGAAAUUAGUGUUACCGACGAAUUUAGACAUCGUCAAACAAUCAAAACAUCAUCAAAGGUUAGAUUCUUUUCAUUUGGUAACGACGUUAAAACUUGGAAUAAAUUUGUUAUCACUUUAGCUGGUAAUUCAUUAGAAGCCUAUGAAAUUAAAGAAGAUGGUUUUGAAGUCACAAGUACAUUAGAUCAAGCAGGUCACAGAUCAGAUGUUCGUUCUUUAACUCUCAGUUCAAAUGAUUCAAUGAUUGCCUCAACUUCCUCAGAAUCUGUUAAAGUUUGGAAUAUGAAAUCUUUAUUAUGUAUUCGUUCAAUACCUUGUGAUUAUGGUCUUUGUACAGUAUUUGCUCCAGGUAAUCUUCAUAUUAUUGUCGGUACUAAGACUGGCUCAAUAGAAGUUUUCGAACUUGCUUCAGCAAACAAAGUAGCUUCAAUUAAAGCCCAUGAAGGCUCAGUUUGGUCAAUUGCCUUAACACCAGAUCUUCGUGGUAUUGUAUCUGGUGGUGCAGAUAAACAAGUUAAAUUCUGGGACUUUGAAUUAAUUACUAACCCAGAAAAUCCAAAACAAAAAGACCUCAAUCUUUCCCAUUCCCAAACACUCAAAUUAGAAUCAGAUGUUCUUGCCGUUAAAUAUUCCAAAAAUAACAAAUUAUUAGCAGUUUCAUUACUCGAUAACACCGUCAAAAUCUUUUAUAGCGAUACAUUAAAAUUCCACCUUUCAUUAUACGGUCACAAACUUCCAGUUAUGUGUUUAGAUAUUAGUGAUGACUCAACACUUAUAAUUACAGGUUCAGCAGAUAAAAAUAUCAAGAUUUGGGGUUUAGAUUAUGGUGAUUGUCAUAAAUCAUUCUUUGCUCAUGAUGAUUCAAUUAUGCAAUUAGCAUUCAUUCCAAAUACUCAUCACUUCAUUUCAACUAGUAAAGAUAAGCGUAUUAAAUAUUGGGAUGGUGAUAAAUUCGAACAUAUUCAAACUAUCGAUACUCAUCAUGGUGAAGUUUGGUCAAUUGCUAUGGGUUCCGUUGGUGACUUUUUUGUAACUGGUAGUCACGAUCGUUCAAUGAGAGUUUUCACUCAAACUGAAACUCCAAUUUUCGUUGAAUCUGAUCGUCAAAGAGAAAUGGAACAAAAUUGGGAGGCUACAUUAGAAGAUGAUACUCGUAUGCGUACAAAAGAAAUGUUAGAAGAAAAUGCUGCUGCAGGUAAACAAUCACUCGAAACCAUUAUGGCUGGUGAAGAAAUUUUAGAUGCUAUUGAAUUAGUUGUAUUAGAAAAUUUUAAAAAACAAGAAUACGAAAGAGAGGUUGAAGAAUUAAAAAAAACAGGAGAAUCAUUAGAUAGUAUUUUACCAUAUUCACCAAAUAUUAUGUUAUUAGGAUUAUCACCAUCAGACUAUCUUUGGAAUAGGAUGAAUAGAGUUAGACCAUCAGAUUUAGAAGAAGCAUUAAGAGUAUUACCAUUUUCAGUUAUGAGACCCUUAUUCGAACAUUUUAAUGAAUGGGUCGAUCAACAAGGUAAAAAUGUUGAAUACAUUUUCAAAUGCUCUUUCUUUUUAAUUCAAACUCACCAAAAUCAACUUUCAGUUUCAUCAGAAUUUAUUCCAAUACUUCAAAAAUUAAAUACAAAAAUUAAAGAACGUUUACAAAAUGAAAGAAAUAGACUAGGUUUCAAUCGUUCAGCUUUAACAUUUGUUAAACGUGAAAUAGAAAUUAAUCAACAAUAUAAAUUUUUCGAUACAGAAACUUAUUUAAAUAAAAACAAAAACAGCAAAGAUAGUAAUAAUAAUAAGGACAAGAACAAUAAAGAAAAAUCAUUAAAGAGAAAUAGAAAAUAA